CCAGCUUACGCAUACAUGCUCACGCCCGAGAGCCAGGGUCUUGCCCCUCUCUCCCCUCUCCCCUUCCCCUUGCGCACGGUAAACAGGUGCCGCGCCUUGUGCCGUUACUUUGCCUGCCUUCGGAGGACUUCGUGCUGCGUGUUUUGGCUACACAUGUUUACCUUUCAGCACUCGCCCAAACGUCAUGCAGAACCCGAUGCCAAGUCCCGAGGAAGUUUAGUGCCACACAUGCGUGUUGUAAAUGUUAAUGCGCCUAGAAAACUUGAGAAGAUCGACCCAGUUUUGCUUACCAUAGAUAGAAUAUGCCAGAAGCGUUUUCGAUCGGACCCAGGAACUCAAGAGGAACUAUUUGACCCAAGAAAUUGAGGCAAAUGUGAAACACAUGUGCGAG